AUGCCUACCUUGCCCAAGAAAACCCCGAGCGGGAGAGUCUCGAGCGUACACGAGGGUGACUCGUCGGAUAAAGCCAUGUCGGAGAACACUGAACAGCCGUCCAAGGGUGGCAUCUUACAGGAUGCUUUGCAGGGCACGGUUGGCCACGAACUCACAUAUUUCGAGCAGAAAGCAGCUCUUAUCAACGAUGAACUUGACAAAUUUGGAUUCGGUAAAUACCAGAAAUGUAUCUGGUUACUGUGUGGCUUUGGAUACUUCCUUGACUUGGCAUGGGCGCAAGGCAUUAUUCUCAUGGCCACGGCCAUCUUCCAAGAAAUGAAUGUUCCUGCUGGAAGGCAAGGUCUCAUGUUCAGCUGCGGCAAUGCUGGGCUUGCUGUCGGCGCCUUUGCAUUUGGCAUCAUCACCGACACCAUCGGUCGCAAAUGGGCUUUCAAUAUCACCUGUCUCAUCACAUCCGUCUUUGGCAUGCUUCUGGCCGCUGCCAAGUACAACUAUGGUGCUAUCUGCGGCAUCUACUUUCUCGCAUGUGUCGGGCUCGGCGGCAAUAUUCCCAUUGACGCCACGAUUGCCUUGGAGUUUAUGCCCCCCAGCAAAAGAUACCUCGUCUCCCUGCUGAGCAUGUUCCAGCCGAUUGGCGUUGUCAUUGCUUCCGUCAUAGCGUAUGGUACCGCUGCCAAAUACCGAUGCGACGCAAAGCUGCCAGCCUGCAAUGCCGUCGGUGCUGGUGAAGCUUGCUGCACCGUGUCAAGCAACAUGGGCUGGAGAUACCUGGUCAUUAUCAUCGGUGCCAUGACGCUCUCCAUCUUUUUUGCUCGUUACCUUCUGUUUCGAUUCUAUGAGUCGCCAAAGUUUCUUGUCGCCAAGGGCCGUGAGCAGGACGCCAUCAACGUCCUCCACAAGAUUGCCAAGUUCAACGGCGCCCCCGUUCCAACGUUGACGAUUGAGGACUUUCGUGACAUUGAUCGUUCUAUGGGUGUUGAUCCAGCAGACAAGGCAGCUGAUUCAAAUGCUAAGGGAGUCAUCGUCCGCACGGUGAAGAGCCUCGGGUUUCUUCGCGGUCUCUUUUCUACCAAGCUUGGGUCGUUCACAUUUAUUCUUCUUGGACUUGCUUACAUGGGUAAUUACUGGUCAUUCAAUCUGGCCGGCGCUUUCCUACCUAUCAUUCUUCUCCGCAACCACGUCGACGAUGGCGCCAACAGCGUCUCGGAUACCUACCGCGAGUACGUGUAUAUUUACUUGCCUGGCAUUCUGGGAGCAGUAAUUGCUCUCUUUUCCGUCCAAAUGCCGCUCCUUGGAAGAAAGUGGUCGCUUGUCAUUUCCGCAACCUUGCAGGGUGUCGCCAUGGCCAUGUACACCCAGGUCAAAAACACACCAGGGUACGUCGGCCUCAAUGCCUUUGAGUACAUCAUGCAAACAUAUUUCAACUCCGUACUAUACGCCUCAGCCCCGGAACUUUUCGACACCACAUAUCGCGCUAGUGCUAGCGGUAUGCUUUCUUGUUUGGGUCGCAUCGCGGGUAUUGUAGCGCCUAUUGCUGGCCAAAAGUAUAUUGCCGAGGGAACAUCUGGGGUCCUCUGGCUCGGCGCAGGCGGUAUCUGGUUUUCAGCUAUUCUCAUGGUCUUCUUGCCCAUUGAGAUGAGAGAUAGACAGAUGUACUAG